AUGCAUAAACUUGUUCUACUCUCUCUCCUUCUCUUCUCUGUCUCACAUUUCAAUGUGGUACAAGCAGACAAUGCGCCUGCUCCUUCUCCCAAGCCCUCCACAACCACGCCAAAGACGCCGUCACCACAGCCACAACAAACACCACCACCGCAACCCUCUAAGGCUUCUCCUCCUGCCACUACUCCGGCCACUACUCCCGCCACUUCUCCGUCAACUUCUCCGUCAUCCCCUCCGAACCCUCCGACUCAGUCCCCGCCUUCGCCUGCCCCCAAAACCGCUCCGACAGUUUCUCCGCCAACCCAACAAACUCCUCCGGCGGCGACACCCGCCGUCUCUCCGGCGACUCCUCCGACACAUGUUUCUCCCGCGAAGAGCCCAUCGAAAAGUGUAUCUCCCCCGGUUCAAUCUCCGCCGACUCCUCCGCCCACCGUUGCCUCUCCGGUGACUGCGCCAGCGAAAAGUCCAGUCGGGGUUUCACCAGUUGCAGAGGCUCCGGAGAUUGCGGCGACCCCCUCGGAACCAGCAGGCAUUCCUUCGAGUUCUGCAACACCGGCAGGGUCGCCGGGAAUGUUCCCGUCAAGCGGUAGCCCACCAAUUCCCGCUCCCUCGAGCCUGUCGCCGGAGUCUGCGCAGGGUCCAUCUAGUGAUGAUUCUUCCGGUUCGAGUUUGAAGUAUGGGGUUUUGAGUGGGCUGUCCAUUUGGGUUGCUUUGGCUCUCUAA